AUGUCACCACCUAACGCUCCACCACCGCCACCUCAAAUCCAAAUCGAACCUGAAGUCAUUGCCACAAACACGCUUAUACUUACUGACCUAGGUAGAGAAUUCUUUCUGCCCGCAAAUCAUGCGAGCUUGCAAAAUCAUUUAGAACAAUAUGGAGCGAUCUAUAAAUUUGUUCCAAUAAAGUCUUUCAAUCGCAUUCUUGUUGUUUUCUUUCAAACCAGUGAUGCGAAAAUCGCAAAAGCUCAGAUUGAAAGGCACACACCGAUUUCUGAUGAGUUUGAGGGUUCAAGGUUUCUCAAUGUUCCAGAAAUGGAAAGGAAUUUGCUUAUUUCUCCACCCGGAUCGCCACCUGUUGGUUGGAACCAAGUGCGUGAAGAGUCUCCAAACUCUGUCACGUUGGCGGAUGAUUUAAUUCAUGCUCUUGCGCAUAUUUCCAUACACAAUCUGGAUCCAGAGUUAUCAGACCUGGAAGGAUUCUCGCUAGACAACAAUCCCGAAUCAGACAUCAAUAUUUCACAAAGACAGAUACCCAUAUUAACCGUUCUUCCCAAAGAAUUUGAAAAAAUUUCUACUGGAGAGCGAGAAGCUGAUGUUCCACUUAUUCUAAUUCAAGAUUGGGAUGAUACUCCUUCAUUCAACAAAAAUAUUAAAAAGCCUAUGCAAAUUAAUUCUCGAAUUAAGGCACAAUUUCGUCCAACUCCAGCUCCAUUUUCAUUAUAA